CAUAAUGGAAGCAUCUUCGGAACAAAUUUUAUUGGAUCGAAAAGAUCGAUUAAUUGCAAAACUGGAACAAAGAAAUGAAGAACGAAAAGUGCAAACUGAAGAAUGUUUAUCGAAAUCUGAAGGAGCACAAAUCGAUAAUUUAAUGGCGGAAAUUAAAUCGGAUUUGGAAGCGAAAAAAUCCGUCGAUUCGCAGAAAAUCGACCGGCUUCAAGAAUUUCUGGCGUUCUCGACGAGUAACCGGCAAACUAAAACAAUUCAAAAUUUCCUUGAAGACGUUCGAAAACAGAAGCUCGCGCUGAAUUCUGGACCCAAAUUCAAGGGUUUUUCGUUUUCAAAAACUCCAAAACCUGCUCCACCAGUCGUCAAAUCCACUGAAGAACCUUUGAAAAUUCCGGAAAUUCAAAAAAUUCCAGAUUGUUUGAGCGCCGAGCCUUCAGUUUCAGAGCACGUUGUCGAUGGGCUUAAAAAUACGACGAAAAGCAUAUCCGGAACGAAAGGCGAAGAUAUUAGUCUGAAAAAUAUCGAUUCGUGCCGACUUCAAUUCGAUUUUGAACCCUCAAUUGUUCAUAUUCGGAAUAUUAAAAAUAGUACUCUAAUAUUUCUGCGUUGUGAUCGAUCUCUUCUAAUUCAUGAUUGUGAUAAUGUACACAUCUACGUUGCCGCCCAGCAGGUUCGAAUUCACACUUCACAGAAUUUGCAUCUUCACGUGGCAACACGUGGCGCUGUUAUUCUGGAAGAUUCGACGAAGAUAUUCAUGUAUCCUUAUAGACUAAAAUCCGGAUCCGGUGAGCUUCUGAACGUCGAGGACAAUGGUGAAUGGCGAACACCACGUGAUUUUAAUUGGCUCGCCACAACGCCGAGCCCAAACUGGAAAGUGGUCCCAGAGGAUGAAUGGACUGAAGAAUUUAUUUAUUGAUUUUUUUUUGAAUAAUUCAAAUAAAUUGAUUAUUUAUUC